AUGCUGAAGCGUGUGGUUCAUUCGUUAGGCCUGGUGGAGCAUAGAGAGAAAGGUUCCAGAAGGAAGAACCACCAGAGAAGACCGUCGCCAGAAUUGUACUCACAGUCAAAGGAAUUUGUUGUGAAGAUAACUCAUGCAGGUGGACAUCAGGAGCUGUAUAGACAUGCAGUUCCUGCGUCUAAGUUGAUGACAAAGUAUCCAGGGAUGUGUGUUGCACGGCCAGAAGUGUUCAAAGUGCCUCAUCAAUCGGUGUUAUGGCGAGAAGAGAUUCUGGUGCCUGGUCACAAGUAUAUCCUGAUCUCGUUUAGAGAUGUGGAGAAGCUGAAACGAAAAAUUAUAGAAGAAGAGAAGAGCAAAGAAGGUAAUAAUAAUGGGGUGGUGCUGGAAACGAAGACCAGGUCUCCCAAGGACAGAGUGCAAGUGCCAAAUGGUGUAGCAGGCCAUGAGACACUGGAUACAUGGAUCAACAGUGGAAACAGUCCCAAAGAGACUGGGAAAAUGAAAGAGCCAAAUGGAGUUGCAGGGCAAGGGGUGUUGGAAAGAAGAACAAAUCUGUCUCCCAAAGGUCAAGGGAGCAACAGUGCUGUGAAAGAGACGGUGGACACAAAUAUGGAUGGUUCUAUAAAUGAAGGAGGUGCAGAGGACUCUUUUUACUCUGCAAAGGACUUCUACGUCCGUAAGGAGAAGUCCACAACCCCAAGACCUUCAAGACGAAAAGGAAUAAAAGGGAAGAAGCCUUUUGUGGCACCUCUUCCAAAGCUACGACCAUAUCGGAGCUUGGGAUGGCAACCUAGCCUCCCAACUGUGAAGGAACUCUCGCCAUGA